AACCUUUCUCUCUCAUUCUCUCCUUUUCCCUCCGUCUUUCUGCAAAAUCUCCACCAAACUCACACAUUCAUAUGGAAAAGUUCUAUCGAACAGAUUUGGAGACGAUAGUUUCAGAGAUUAAGCAUCAGGAGAAGCAGCUGAGGCUCAAAAGAAGGUGGUUGAUCGGACUUCCAACAUCGCCAUCCCAAUCGAAAAGGAAGCAAUUCAAAGCUCCCAAGUUUUUGAAGCACGAGUGUUUGCCUGAAUCUUUUCUUAGAGAAGAUGAUAUAUUCUAUGAGACUAUUAAAUCUCAUGUUGAAGAAGCCUUUGGAGCAUGUAAUUUUGGAAGAGGGAGUUGGGCUUUUCAAGAUAACAUUCAGUCAUUUGAUGCACCCAACGUAAUGCAAGUCCUUGUCUCAUGCCUUGAUGCCUUGACUAACAAUGGCCUUUACCUUAUUGCUAUGAUUCUUACUGGAGGCUCAGUGAUGUUUGACCAUACUCGUUGCAAGAUGAAAAAGGUGAUUAGAGAAUCACUUUCUAAUUAUGUUGGAAGCCAAAAUCAGGAUCAUAGACUAGGGGAGAUUAAUAGACAGUUAAGUCAAGUUCUUAGUAAUCCCCAGAAUUUCAGAGAGAAUGGUUUGAAAUGUUGUGCUUUAACAUCUCUAUCUCGUUAUGCUGCUGCUGCGAAGGUUCUGGAUGGAUUAGAGGAUUUGCCUACUUAUUCCUUAAUUGCAAUGCACAGGAAGCUUAGAUCUGUCCAGCGAUUGCCUCACUUGCAGCCUCACAAACUGGGUAAGAGUCGUCACCGUUUAAUAAAUCAGAUUAGAAGAACUGGGAAGAGGAUGCUCAUGGAACUUGGUAAAUGGGAUGAGCUACAGGAGCCAUUAGCUAAAGCUUUGGUAGUUGCAGACUUAUCUCUAAAGCUAACAACAGGCUGUCAAAAUUCCUCAAUAGCAAAUAUUCACCAAAUACCCCCAGAAAUAAGGAGAUUGCAGAAUGAGAUAGUGAAGGCUAUUUGGUCACUCAAAAUGGUUAGAAUUCCAGGACUGAAAACAUUGAAGCAUUUGUUGGAUCCUAAUGCUGAAAUCUCAAAUGGUUGUUUGCGAACGGCUAUAAAGAAAAUGCUAAUAGAAUAUCUUUUUGAGUGCAUUGAUAUGGAUACAAUUCCCAAAUCUUUAUUGGAAGCUCUUGCAAUUAUCAACAAGGGUUCUCGAACUAUAACUCCAAGAUUCUUCCCAAAGGAGGAAAUAGAAGAAGAGGUAGAAUGUAUAUUAAGAGUGAGUGCUCAGACAAAACAAGCUAUUUGGGACUUGCUUCCUGACCAUGAGUUAGAUAAUCAGUUCGCAGAUGCUUAUAUGGAAGAAUUAGAAGAAAGUGAUGAUGAUAAUGGUUGGCAAGUGGAAAUUACCAAGUCUGACAGUUGUAUGUCUCAUUUUGUUGGUUCAGAUUGUCAUUUAGAAGGUACUGAUGAAUCAAAACCAGUUCUGUCUAAAGCACCUACUCCACCCAACACAAUGGAGGGCCUUGAACCAGAGCAUUUUGCCAGGGUGGAUAGAUUCUGCAUGACUCAUGGUGACAAUACAGUUCCACCUCUCAAAUCACCAUGUGGAGGGUUGAAUGAUUAUUCAGUCAAUGAUGAUGAUCUCAAACAUGACAGAGCUGUUGAUCCUGAAACCCCAUCAAUCCUCUCUUCUUCUAACUUUGUGCACAGGGAGACAAAAUUUAUACCCAAAAAGCAGAGCACAUGUAGAAAUCAAUACCUGAGCAUUCAAGAAGUAUGUGAUCAGGCAAGUGUGGUUGCCUACAAUCUGAUUGGUCAAUUAUUGGAGAAGCUUGCUGAGGAUCAAAGCAUAGAGUUGGAUCAGAGUUAUAGCUUGUAUCUCAGAGGUGACUUAUCAUGUCAAGAAGGUAGUCAAGAAGAGGAACAGACUUCAUCUGAGAAAAAUGGAGGUGGUUCUUUAAUUGUUCAAGCAGCUGAGGAGCUGAUGCCUUGCCUUUCAAAGAGUGUAAUAGAAAAAUUGAAGAAAUUCAUGGGUGUAAUGUAGCCAAUCUGAGAUUUUGGUGGAUGGUUCAAGCAAAUAGGAGCUACUUAUUGCAAUGCAUGUGCUUGUUGAUCAAGCUAGCCCAACGAAAAUUUCAUGCACAUCUGCAAUGAUUAAAGAAACGACCUUGCUUAAGGAGCUUAGAUCAAGAUUGCACCCUUAUCGUUUCCUAGUGUGCUGUUAGCUGCUGAGUACCAGAUGAUCAUGUCAGCAAAAGUUUUGGUUGCGGAUCCAGUUCAGAAUCAGAAGCUUACCAGAUCAUGUGGCAAAAAAACUGCAAACCAGUUGGGGGAAGCCCUAGUGUAUAGCAUCUAUCCAUAUAGAUCAUUUAUUAUUAACUCAUAUUUCCUUAAGUCAAUAAAAAGAUAAUUUAUUC